CGUCCUCAUCCAAUCAGAGCAGCUGAAUCAGUCUCUCAGGUGUGAGGAUGAGUUGGCCCGUUUUGACGCAGCCUGAGCCUCUGGUGUUGUCCUCUGAUGACGCUGAAUGGGCUUCUGGGAUCUGUGACUGCUGCAACGACAUGAGAGAGUGCUGCUUUGCGUUCUGGUGCUGUCCCUGUUUCGCCUGUAAAACCUCUAACCAGUACGGUCACCAUCUCUGUCUCCCCCUGCUGGACAUCUGUGGCUGUGGCUGCGUCCAUCCCCUCACCAUGUCCAUGAGAGUCUACGUCCGACAUCGCUACGGCAUUAAAGGCAGUCUGUGCAGAGACUGUUUGUGCUCCUCCUUCUGUCCGCCCUGCGUCUGGUGUCAGAUGUCCAGAGAGAUGAAGAAGAGGAAACUCCCCACCACGCUGGGUGACAUCAUCCACCGCUGAUGACAUCAUCCACCGCUGAUGACAUCAUCACUGUGACUCCUUUUAUUUGCUAUCAGUGUGACAUUAAUUUAAAUCAGUUCAGUAUUGUUUACAUAUUUACCAAACGUCUGUUCAUAUCUAUUAACAUGUAUUGAUUAAUUAUCUAAUUUGCACUGUUAAUUUUUUCUUUAAUAUUUAUCAAACAUGUUUUUUAUACUUUUUUAUUUAUGAAUUUCAUGUAGCCAUUAUGUUUUGUAGUUAUUGUCCCAACAUAUUGUAAUACUUUAAUUAAUUAAUUAAUUAAUUCAUU